AUGUCUGAAGUGCAGAGCGUGCUCUCCAGUGUGUGGACAGCCAUAAUGAGGUCUGUUCUUAUAUUUGGGACUAUCUACCUGUUCUUCUCCUUCAACACGCUGUACGCCAUACAGGUGCUGGAAAGAGUGUCCAUCCCGACGCUCGUGGUUUUUGUGGUUUUCCAAGUGCUUAUUCUCCUGGUGGGCUUCUCCUUCCUGAGAAUGUCAAUAUCCAGAAACUGCACGACUUUGGAGCUGUUUCCAGAAGCCGCAGAGAAAGACUCGGACUCUGACGACAGCAGCCUCUGCAUAAACCCCUUCGAGAAAGAGAGCCUGUUCGCGUACAAGCACGAAAUGAGCAUCUGUGUUAUAUGCAACACGGCGCAGCCCAUGCGAAGCUACCACUGCACCAAGUGCAGCAGGUGUCUGCUUCUUAUGUACAGGCACCUUACGUGGUGCGACCUGUGCAUAGGGUUCACCAACUACAAGUUCUACAUUGUGUUUCUUUUCUACUCGGCGCUUCUGAGCAUAAUAUCGCUGGGAUGCUUUGUGGACACUUUAAUAUGGAACGACACCAGAAUAUACACAAUCAUGCCUGUCAUCCUCGCCGUGUGCAUACAAUCUGUGUGGCUUGCGAUGAUACUCUACUACCUGGUGGAGGGCGUGUACUCCAUAUGCAUAAACCAGACGCCGCAGGAGAGGCUGCAUCCUGUUGAGAACACAAACAUAUCGUACAACAUGGGAUACUACCAGAACUGGAAGAGCAUAAUGGGCGAGUCCUGGUACAUGUGGUUUACGCCCAGCUGGACCACGCAGGGGGAUGGCCUGAAGUUCCAGCACACGCGAAAGAUCGAGCCCGAGGUGUACGAGAACCCAAUCACGACUCCUUUAUAG